CACAAACAACAAUUGUUCAGGGUGGGAUACUUGUCUAGAUAGGGUCAUAUUAUUCCAGCUUCUCUUCUGUCUUCUCUACUCUCAAUUAACACAUCUUCUCCAUUCAAUCCAAUUUUGCAUAACGAAACCAACAGCAAUGGCGACUAUCUCUUGCUGUACAGUUAUCAAACCCCAUAAAACCCCUAAUACCCCUUUUCCCGCUUCUGUUUCGUCUCCCACCGUCUCCUGUUCUUUGCCCAUUCAACUCCGAUUGACCCAUCGUUGCAUCAUCAGCAUUCCCAAUUCUUACCCUAAUUCGCUGCUUUUUCAUAAAAGAUUGCCCAAUUUGAACAAGAUAAGGUCUUCUGUAGCUGAAGAAGAAACCGCUAUUCCUGAACAAGAAGAGAGCAGCAGCAGCGACCAAGGGGAAGUGGAGCCCACCGUUGUUGUUCCAGUUUCCCGUUCUGAUAUGCUCACCAUGUUCUUUCGGGCUGAGGGAGCAAUGAGUGAAGCAGCUAUUCCUUCUGUAACAAGUGCUCUUGAGGGGACUGAUGACAUCUCCGACUUAAAAGUCCAAGUUCUUGAGGGUAUUGCAAGUGUUGAGUUAAAGAAGAAAACAACUGUGCAAGCUACUGGAGUGGCUUCUAAUCUGGUUGAGAUCAUACAAAAUUCCGGAUUCAAGUUACAGACACUGAAUUUGAGCUUUGAUGAUGAUGCCAACUAAAUAUUCAAUUUCCUUUGUUCGUUUCCCUACUAUAGUGAAUCCAGAACAUUCACAUCCUCAUAGUUAAGGUAUCUUGAAUUUUCUCGCUGAUGCUAUCUUAACUGAUGUUUUAUUCUUUGUGCUUUGUUGUCUUGGAAGUAACAGAGUUAUGCGAUAUAUGUAGAGUUCAGUUCACUCA